UCUAAACUCGCGACAAGACCAGACCCAGUUCAUUGUAUCUUAAAUGGGAGAUAAUAUUGGAGCAAGUGCUUCGAGUGCUGAUGAUGGAGGUUUCAAGGAGCAAGAGCAGUUGUUGCCGAUAGCAAACGUGGGGAGAAUCAUGAAGCUGAUUUUGCCACCAAACGCGAAAAUCUCAAAGGAAGCUAAAGAAACGAUGCAAGAAUGUGUUUCAGAGUUCAUAAGUUUUAUCACCAGUGAAGCUUCGGAAAAGUGCAAAAAAGAAAGGCGAAAGACUGUGAAUGGAGAUGAUAUUUGCUGGGCUAUGGGAACGCUAGGUUUUGAUGAGUAUGCGGGGCCAUUAAAAAGGUAUUUGCAUAAGUAUAGGGAAUCAGAAGGAGAUAGACCAAAUAAUCAGCAGGAGAAAGGUGCUGGGAGUAAUAGCAAUACUGAAGAUCAAAAGGAGGAACCAUCUUCAUAUGGAACUGAUCAUCAUCACCAACCAAAUAACCAAUCUAUGAGUUUUAGGCCAAGUGAUUUCUAGUUUUGUUUAUGAUUAUACCGAUGAAUUUAAUGAACAAAUUAGGGGCUUUUUUGUUUUCCAUAUCGGUGAUUUAUUUUCUGUAUGGAAUUUAUGGAUCUUAGCAUUACUAAAUUUAACUAGCCAGCGGCAGUUGCCAAAAAAAUUAAUCCAUCUCAGCUAGCUUGUUGGUGCAAACUUCUGGGAUCACUAAUAGCGGUUUCGAUAGCUUAUAUGUGGUGUGGAAUGGAGAUAUUCUUAAAUGUGUUGAAAUCCCUUUUGUUCUUCAUUUCUAUCUGAAGAAAAUUAGGGAGAUAAUGGGGUCGUCACCGGUCAUUCUUGCUGUGCAGUCAGUCAUGUGGAAGAAGAUGAAACACGUGUAUAAAAAGCUGUUUAACAGUUCUCUUUAUAAGAUCAUCAUCUUCUUCUUC